AUGAAACCGCAUGCGAUAGCUGUUUCACCGCCAAAAUUAAGAAGAUAUAGCGAAGUUCCAAGACCAGUGUCGAGGUAUUCUGCCGAUAAAGUGAAAGCCGUUAUGAAAGAAAGCAGAGAGCUAUAUAGAAAACAUCAUAGACUUUUCUCACAAGGAAAUGUAGUUAACUAUGCUAGCGAAACUCCUGAUUUGAGUUCUGAUGAUUUGCAAAUUGGGAGGGUUAGGGUUGAGUUCCCUAACUCCCCCUUUAAAUUGGAACAAAAAAUACUGUUCCAAAUUUAAAGGGGUUAUUUUUUUUUUUAAAUUUUUUAAAAAAUUAAAAAAAAAUAUAAACUGAAUCAAUAAUUUGAAUUUUAAUUUAUUUUUAAAUAAAAAAAUUAAUCGAUUCAGUGUGAAGCCAACUAAAUAAAAUUCCAUUUAAAUUUUUCAUUUAAACUAUGUCUAAACUAAUUUUUUAUAAAAAAGAGUUUAUCUAUAAAAUUUCCUGUUGAAAAAAAAAUUGUUCCAAAAAAUGUAAAUUUUACCUAUGUUAAUUUCCAAUUUAAAAGGGGGAGUAAGAAAUAUUCAAACAAUGAAUCAACUCAGAUUGAUGAUACAUUUAAUUAUGACGACAAUGGAAAUAAUUACGAUAGUGAAGGUUCAGACCAAAUUUUAAAAAAAUGAGCCUAUUCUAAUAAUAAAGAUACUAAAAAAGCUACACUGAUAGAAAGAUUUUCUCCUAUAUCAUUAUAUGAUAUCACAUUUGAUCAGCCAAAACCACAAAAAUCCAAAAACAAGAAGCCUAAAAUGGCUAAGCUCUGCUUAGCCGAUAAGUUAGCUAAAGGUAAGCCUAAUAAAUCCUACAGAAAAGGAUUCACUCUCAGCACUGCAGAAGAGUUAAGAGAAAAAUCUCCAACCUUUUUUAAAAACGCUCUAUUUAAAGUUAUCAAAAUCCCCCAAAGGCCUAAAUCAGUAAACUCCUGGACAAACCCAAGGCUGAAGAGCAGAUUUUCUAUCUGCACUGACAAGCUGUAA